AUGAGAAAGCGAAAAUAUGGAAGCCGGUCUACCCCCACGGAGAACGAAGCAAAUGAGAAUCCCCUAGACGAACACGAAAGAAAGUACAUUUACCCAAGCAUCGCCAACUCGCCAAUACUGUUACACAACGACCAGGUGAUUUACGCAUAUGGUAGCAGUCUGAUAUUUUAUUCCCUGAAGGAAAAAAAAUUUGUAAAAAAAAUCGAUGAGCAUGAAAAUGCUAUUAGAUCAUUAGAUGUUAAUAAAAAUGGAAAAAAAAAAUAUUUCCUGACAACCGGUGAUGAUAAAAUUAUAGUUAUUUAUGAUGAGCAGUGGUCCGUGUGGCACAAAAUUGUGCAUAAGAAAAAAAUCGUCAAGGCGUACUUUUUAAAAUAUGUGCAGGAGGAAGACAAGAAGUUUGAAAUAAUUUUUAUUGAUAAGUAUGGAGACGUGUACUUGUUUGACCUCAAUUUGGUGAUGCAAGGAUCCCCCGCCAUGGAGGACGCCCCGACGACGAGCCACUCGAGCUGCACCACCAAAUUGAGCUACCUGCAGGAUUCGCUGAACGACAUUCAGGAAAAGGACGAUGAUUUGUUUUUCAUGAAUAAUUUCGAACGCAUGCUUCAGGGGGAGGAAGAUGAGGAAGAAGAAGAGGAAGAUGAUAAAGCGGAAGGGGGACACACAGAAGGUGACGAAGGACAGUCCGGCAAACCGCUUGCCUGUGAAGCGCCCCCCCGUGAGGAAGGCAAGCUGGCCCAGGUGAAGGAAAAGCUAGAACGCCACUACUCCAAGUGCUUCCAAAACGAAACGUUAAUGUACCCAAUCCUCACGUGCAACUCUGCAGUGGUAGCCUUACAUUACGACAGCAACUUUUUAAUAAUAGGAGACCGAGAUGAAAAAAUCAGAAUUGUGAAAAAUAAAAAAAUAAACAAAAUAUACAACUUUUAUUUAAAUCACAAAUUAUUUAUUACUUCCCUCGUUUUGAUAAAUUCUAAAACGUUUUGUUCUGGCGGCGCGGAUUGCUACCUACACAUGUGGGACAUUAAGACAAAGGAAAUUAUCGACACGAUAUAUUUUGAUUCCUCCUUUUUGUGCAAACUGGCACAGUGGAAGGAGCCAUUUAGCAGUUCUCCCCAUUUGAAAAAAUAUAAAUUUGUUAUCAACACAUUGAUUUUUAAGGAAAGUACUUGGACAAUUUACGCCACUGCCGAAAAUUUAAAAGGAAUGUUAAUCAUCCCCCUAAGGGUGAAUGCAGAUGGUAGCCAUUUGUUAACUUUUAACAAGGAAGAAAUUUCAUUUUUCCCGCUUGAACAGGAGGUUUUAUCUUUCAUCUCUUUAUCAGUUGGUGGGGAUGAGUGUAUACUUUUUGUCGAUAGGAGUGCGGGCCAUUUGCACCAGAUCAAAUUAACAGAUCGUGGGAAGUUGGUUGGAGAAGUUGUCACCCUUGACUCCCAUUCCUUCUUUGACGGCGCACAACCAAUGGAUAUCGGAUUAAUAAAUUACUGGAAGCACACCACAAUAGAGGACGGUAUCCAUUAG